GCUCUGCUCCUCCUCACGGUUUAGACGUGUUUGCUACAUUGGUGGAAGGAGUCGUUGGAAACGCUGGAAGGAAGGGAGUGGUUAAAGAGAAGGAGGCUUUUUUCACCCCCUCCAACAGUUGUGCAACAGAAUCCAUCUCUAAAGCGCUUUUUGUUGUUUGAUCGUACUGAAGGCACGCGCUGCGUAAUUCCAAGGUGAAUUAAGAGACUUUAGCGCACGCGCGCUCUUAGCUUCACCUCGUUUCUGCCUUUUUUUUUACUCUGAGGUGGACUCCUUUAAGAGUUAGCCUCCAAAUAUAGGCAGCGUUAACGCUGGAGGAGCGCAGGCUCGGAUUGGGUUAGUUUAAAUUUCCACGCGUAGAUUAUUUCCAUCCAGCUGGAAUUUUGUUAAACCUCAAGCGUUUUGAUCCGGUUAGAGAACCGAACCUGGGUUUGGGUUCGGCGUAGCUCCAGUUCCUCCUCAGACUCGGCUGUGAUGCGCGUCGACUGAGGCUGCUCUCCAACACAGAAGCCAUUUUUAAGUCUUGUUGGAUUUCCUGAAGCUGCGCGCGCGCGUUUGUGCUUUUUCACAAGCUGAAGGGUCUCCGUGCCGUCAUCAUGGUUCGGCUUUUGUCUGCUGCUUGGGUGCUGGUCCUCGUGGCGCUGUGGGUCGAGGCUGCCGCUGGGGAGGAUCAGGCCACGGCUGGAAGCGCGCCGGUGGUCAGCCUGCGCACACUGAUCACCGGAACCUGCCAGGAGAUCCAGCGGCACGCGGAGUCGAUCCUGGGAACCACCGUCAUUCAGUCAACUGCUGAGAGGGCUGUGUUGUUUCUUGAGUCACUUCUUGGUCAGGAGAACAUCAAUUCAAUGAGCCUGAUUUUACAGACUGCGAUCCGUUUCUUGGCUGAAGGAGCUGCCAGCGGCCUGAAUGUCAUUGCAGUUUACGUCACGGAGAUCCUCAGGGUCACAGGAUUCAAUGCUGCACUGACGCUGCCCCGCUUCACUCCUGAGGGUGUGACUUCCAUCGCCCAGUGGGGUCUGGGCUGCCUCAUCGGUUACUGGCUGCUCACCAUCCUUCUGCGUCUGCUGAUCAGUGUGCUAAAGCACGUGUUCUGGACGGUGAAAACCGUCCUGGCGCUUUGGGUUUUCGGACUGAUUGUUUUGGACAAGAGCGCCUCCACAGACACCACAGCGUUUCGACUGGGCGGCCUCGUGCUGACAUGUGUCCUGCUGAGUCUCUACACUACAGACUUCAGCAAACAUUCUGCAGUGGAGAACCGACUGAGCAAGCUGGAGGGUCGACUGAAGGCCGUAGAGAAGAAGUGAUGCAGGCUGGGAAAGUGGAAACACUAAGGAUGUCUAAAUCUGUGUGAAAUGUGGGGAAAAUAAAGUAAUCCUUCAGAUUUUUUAAUAAAAAUUCUUUCUGUUCACUUCCAGAUUAGAAGAAACUUAACUAUGAUCAAGGAUGAUUAAAAAAUGUAUUUAAUUAGCUAUUUAUUUAGAAUUUAACCAUUAGGUUCACAAAGUGCCUUCUUGAAUUGAAUCAGAGAAUCAAAUGUUUGUGGAGAAAGAAAACAGACAAUCCAACGUGUAAGGUUCUAAAGAAAAACUGAAAUAAACGUCCUUUUCCUUAAAAAAUAUUUGUAUUUUCUAACAGGAAAAGGAUUUAAAAGGAUCCAAAAGCAAAGGUUUGUUUUUCAUGAAUUGAAACUUUUUUUUAUAUUAUCCACUUUAAGAUCAUUGAAAUGUAUGUUUACAUUUCCUUUUGUUGUAGGUUAACCCUUGUGCUAUCCUAGGCCCUUUACCGUUGGGAGUUGGGUCAACUAGACCCACUAGACAGUGCUCUGAACCUUUUUUCUUCAAUGAUUUGUGAACCUCACUGGUGUCCAUGGAUUACAUGAAAUCUUUCCACCUUUAUCCACCUUUGUCAUGGUAGGGAGAACACGUCAAUGUAGGGGUGGGGUCAUCUAAGAUAGCACAAGGGUUAAUAUGAUUUCUGGCUAUUUUUAGGAGUUAGAAUGAUGAAUUGGAUCUUGGUUUGUUUUUCUUCACAAACAUUCAUUCAUUAUGUAUUUUAUCACUGCAGCUAAGGUGAAUGCUUUGUUCCUGGCAGCCGCACUGUUAAACGGUACAUGUAGUAUUUAUGUAGCGCUUUUUCUACCUUGCUUUAAGACCCAAACUGCUUUCCGGUCACACCCAUAUUGAUAACAGCUUUGCUGUCUUUCACCAACACCAACCACCAUGAGCAACGUGUGGUUCAGCGUCUUGCCCAGACACUUUGACACAUGGGUGGACAGGGCGGGAACUGAACCCGUGAUCCUCUGAUCAGACAUCAACUGCUCUACCUCUGCACCACAGCCGUAUUAUUCCUACUCCUGGAUGUUGGUUGUUUACCAAAAUAAAGUAAAAUAAACAACUGUCAA